CAGCCCUGUCCCACAACUUGCCCGUGUAUGUGCCAUCAACUGUGUCUGAACCCAGUCUACAAUGUGGAUCGACCUUCUGUUAUCAUGGCUCCUGUGUCGAAUAGAAACUAUCAAGAAUCAAAUGUGAUACAUACACCAGUCCAGUUUGAGGUAAUAGAGAGUUUUAGAUUCUAGUUUACCGCGAACCUCUAACCGCUGGAGGUCACGUGACAAGUCUUUCGCGUCACGUUUGAGGUUUACGACGUGCGCUUUCAACGUGGGGAGGUAGGUUUUCACGUAUGUCAUUUACCUGAAAGCGUUUAGCGUAUAAUCCUUAUUUUAUCCCACGUGAUGAUACAAAAAUCUUGUGGAGCAAGUCUUUAUCCAUUAACAGAGGCACAAAUUCGGGCGAAAUGCUAUAUUUGAUAAAUCCUAUGGGAUCUUGAAAGCAAGAAGUGCCAUUCAUGGCUGCUUAUUCAAAAUGGCGGCCGUAAUCUAAUCCACCGCCAAUCUAAAUCUAAUUACGUGUUAAAGUCGAACCGCAAACGGGUAACCGCAAACCGCGGUUAGAGGUUCGCGGCAAACUCGGAUCCAAAACUCUCUAAUGUACCGGUCGAUUCGUGACCUCCACUACGGGCCCCUUCAGGUAUUAAACUCGGUGAAUUUUCAAAAAUUCCAUUAUUUAAAUUCUUAUCCCCGGAGCCGAGUAUGGUGAGGAAUUAAUUCAGUUGGGAUUGCUGUACCUCAUGGUCAAAAUAGAUGGUCAAAUACCCCGACACCUGGUACCCACACAGUUCACAGCGGCGAGAAGUUUUAAUAAUAGUUCGUUAGAAAGCAGAACAGUUACCUUGAAGACAAACGUCCGCUUUAGCAGGACAUGGCCUCUGCUCUACUACGAAGGGCGCAGUUCAUCAUCCUUUUUAAUUCCUUCAAGUUUUUGAUUCCCUAUUAAUUAUUCUUAUGGAAUUUUGUAGCCUCCAAAACAGGUGUUUUUAGGUUUGUCCUAUCUCCUACUUCCCCACAAGCUUGUGGUGCAAGUAAUUGGGACAUUUUUUUCGAUUCUUUUACCCUACCCAUAUAUUUUUUCAAUUCACCACCUCAAUACUACACUUCGAGUGAAAUGCCUGCCGUCAAUGUUUUCUCCCGUGUAAAGUGAUAGACGAUGAUAAUCAUAAGGAAAUGACACAAUUACGGUCAAUGAUGACAGAUAAAAUAAAUUAACCAGGUAAGAAUGGGAGAUGUUGUCUAUAGAACCUUUUGUAAUAAAUUAAAUGGGUAUGUUUCCGUCUCUUCUUUGGUAGACAGUAAAAGAAAGCGACAAGCCUUACAGUAACAUCCAAGGAAAGGAGUACGCCAACAACGUUGUACGUAUACAGUUAGUUCACGCUUUUCUCAUUAAUUGCUGUGUUAAUUUUUUUUUUGUCGAAAUACGGUGCUUUCAAAAAUAACUGUGUUUUGUUUACUAGGAUUAUUAUCGAUAAAUUUGACACCUUGGUGAUUUUUGUGAACAUGAUAACUUUCAUAGUUCUCUAGCUUUAAUACACACCGUAGGGUCAGUAACAUGAAUUAGUUCACACGGGCGUGUUCCAGUGGACGGGGUUAGUGGGUUGGUCAACAAGAAGCACUGUGAUUGGUAAGGAGAUACCAACGUGACCUUGACGAUUUAGUUUCACGAAACUCAGGAUGUCACGCAAGAAAAAACUAGAACAUGACAUUUUAUUUUAACGAAAAACAUGACCUGAUUUAUACGCGCAAACGUGUGAGGGGCCUAGUGACCACUAGUCCCAGACAAAUUCAACAAAUUGUAGAUGCUCCACUCAUCCACGUCUUUUUAUUCUUAUGGGUAUGUGGUAAAGGUCAGUGGAUCCAUAACUCUCCUCUUUUUUACUCUGGAAAGGUGAAGAGAUGACAAUGAUUUACAGCGAGUUGCAUUUGCAGUUGGAAGCUGUCGAUAACUUGAAUUUUGCGCGUAAUCUUAAGCGGUUUUUGCACCACGCCGAGGACGUUUUGUUUCGUCAUUUGGUAAUUUAAUUGGGCCGCUCCUUUACUGUUGCAACAAUCUUGUACCUAUAGUCCUUGUGACCAAACUACACGAAUUCGACGACGUGUGGUCUCCCGCAUUGCUCAUCUUUGAAUUGACCGAGAAAAUUUCCGAGUGGUUGGUUGGACUCUGUGCCUUAAUACAGACAGCGUUCUCUCAAGAGCUCCAAGGCUUCGUAUUAGGAUAGUCGGGCCUAGCAAAUUGGUAAGGGAAGCAGCAAAUUUCUUCCCACUUUGCUGUUUCUAAUACACUUCUACCCUGUCCUCCCUGAAAGUUGCCCCACACGGAGUUGAGCAUGAUCUUGACCACUUGUCUGAAAACUGGAUUGUACUUCAUGGUCUGAAAUUCCAAACGAAUGCCUUCCGUUCCUUUCCCCAUCCAGCUGGUAUCUUCCUAUAUUUGUUAACCACAUGUCGAGGUAAUCUCUGAAGAGCCCGACUUGGAAUGAGAGACGUUCCAGAGUUUAUCGAUAUGUACCGA